AUGGCUUUGUCCAGACUUGCCUCUGUUGUUUCGGUCCUUGCGGCUCUUGGACGCGCGACCCCAACGGGACCAGGAUGGUCACCAUAUGGGCACUAUCCCCCCCCUCCUCGUCCUCCUCCCCCUGCUUUUCCUCCAGCGACGACAACCUCGUCAGCUUCACCAGCGCCGGCAUCGUCUGCCCCAGCGUCCUGCUCCGGGUACUUUGAGCCUCUCGCACCUCCUUUCCUCAAUGAUCUAGCUCAAGCUGCUGGCAAGCUGUGGUUCGGCAGUGCGACCGAUCAACCUGGAACCGGUGAGGACACCAACAUCCUCUACCAAGAGAUCCUGAACAACACGCACAUCUUCGGCCAGAUCACCCCGGCGAACAUGAUGAAGUUCGAGCUGAGCGAACCAGAGCCCGGCGUCUUCAACUUCACGGGUGGAGACAUUGACGUGGCCAUCGCGCAAGACCAUGGGAAAUACCUGAGAUGUCACAACCUGGUCUGGGUCAGCCAAGUCAGUGAAUGGGUCUUGAACGGGAGCUGGACGGCAGAUACACUCACGGAUGUCAUGCACAACCAUAUCCAGACCAUGAUCACCCACUUUGGAGACGCCUGUUACUCGUGGGACGUGGUCAACGAGGCUAUUGCUGCCAACGGCUCAUUUUCUUCCAGUAUUUGGUACGAUGUAAUCGGCCCCGAGUACUUUUUCCUGGCAUAUCAAUUCGCUCAGGAGGCCGUCGACUCCCUACCGGCUGGCACGCGAAAGCCAAAGCUGUACUACAACGACUUCGGGAUCGAGUCUGGGAACAAGUCGGUGGCGGUGCUGGGUCUGAUCCACGAGCUGCAGAGUCGGAACAUCCGCAUCGACGGCGUCGGGCUGGAGAGCCAUUUCGUGGUCGGCGACACGCCCUCGCUGGAGGAGCAGGUGGCCACGAAACAAGCCUACAUCGCCGCCGGGGUCGAGGUGGCCAUCACCGAACUCGACGUCCGGUUUUCCCAGGCCAAUCUGACCAACGCCACAGCCUAUGCCCUGCAGGCGGCAGAGUACUACAACUCGACGGCCAGCUGUGUCCUGGUGGAGGGGUGUGUCGGGAUCACGGUCUGGGACUUUGACGAUCAAUACAGCUGGAUUCCCUCGAGCUUUCCCGGACAGGGCCUGGCGGACCUUUACGAUGCUGACUUUAGGAAGCAAGGAGUCCAUACGCUAACGAGUCAUUGUCGGGCACAAAAGCGUAAACCGGCAUACUAUGCUGUCGGCGAGGCACUGCAGGGCGUUCCGUGCUCGGUAUGUUCGGCAUGA